UUCUCCUAAAGUGAAAGUGUUUCUCUUUCAGCUGAGACGCCGUUAUGUUGCUGUUGGGAGAAAAUAAUAAUAAAAACUCCAACUCCAGGCAGAACCGGUGAGAUUAAUGAAGCCCAGCAUGGAGUGCUGAGUAAAAGAGUGUAAUUCAUUCAGUCCAAGAGAUCAGCAUCUUCAGGAAUCAGCAGUGAGUCCAUGAGCUGUGUGUCCAUACACUAAUAUUCAAAAAUGGAGAGCCGUGAUCUGGACACAGAUAAUGUGACCCCACCCUCAGAAAAGUGUAAACUCCAGAUGAAGAGAUCAGACUCACCACAACCCAGCUGUGUCUCCAUGAAGAGUGACUGGUCUAUGGGUCUUCCUUUGCUAUUUAACAGUGGAAACCCCUCAUCUGUCCACAGUGAUUUACAGAAGGCAGGAGACAGAAGAGAAAAGAUCUUCAUCACAGAUACAGGACACGCCCCAGAAUCUGCUGCUGGAAAUGAAGUCCAGAAAAAGUUCAAAUUAAAUCUGAUGAAGAAGUUUCAGUGUUUAAAGGGAGUGAUGAUAAAGCAGGAAAACCGAGUGCUCCUGAAUGAGAUCUACACAGAGCUCUACAUCACAGAGGGAGACAGUGGAGAUGUCAAUAAAGAACAUGAGGUGAGACAGAUCGAGGCAGCGUCCAGGAGAAAAACAACAGAGGAAACACCAAUCAAAUGCAAUGACAUUUUUAAGCCCUUAUCUGAAGAAGACAAACCCAUCAGAACUGUCGUGACAAAGGGCGUGGCUGGUAUCGGAAAAACAGUCUCUGUGCAGAAGUUCAUUGUGGACUGGGCUGAAGGGAAAGCAAAUCAGGACGUCCCCCUCAUAUUUCCACUUCCUUUCAGAGAUCUGAAUCUGAUGGAGGACCAAAAACUGAGUCUGAUGGAGCUCCUUCAUGUCUGUUUUAAUGAAACCAAAGAAACAGAAAUGUCCAGGUUGGAAAAGGUUCUGUUCAUUUUUGAUGGAUUGGACGAGUGUCGUUUCCCUCUGGAUUUCCAGAACACAGUGAGUGUGUGUGAUGUAACUGAAUCAGCAUCAGUGCAUGUGCUGCUGAUAAACCUGAUCAAAGGGAAUCUGCUUCCCUCUGCUCUCAUCUGGAUCACCUCCCGACCAGCAGCAGCUGAUCAAAUCCCCUCUGAGUAUGUCCAUCGAGUCACAGAGGUACGAGGGUUCAAUGACCCCCAGAAGGAGGAGUACUUCAGGAAGAGGGUCAGUGAUCAGAGCCUGGCCGAGAACAUCAUCACACACCUGAAGUCAUUAAGAAGUCUCUACAUCAUGUGUCACAUCCCAGUCUUCUGCUGGAUUUCAGCCGCUGUUCUUGAGAGAAUGUUGGGUGAAGCAGAGAGUGGAGAGAUCCCCAAGACUCUGACUCAAAUGUACACACACUUCCUCAUCAUUCAGACAAACAUCAUCAAAGAAAAGUACUCAAAGAAGCAGGAGAGUGAUGAAGAAAUGCUUCUCAAACUGGGAAAACUGGCUUUUCAGCAGCUGGAGAAAGGCAACCUGAUCUUCUAUGAAGAAGACCUGAGAGAGUGUGGCGUUGAUGUGAGAGAAGCAGCAGUGUACUCAGGUGUGUGUACGCAGAUCUUCAGAGAGGAGGUUGGGCUUCACCAGAGUAAAGUGUACUGCUUUGUUCAUCUGAGCGUUCAGGAACAUCUCGCAGCUCUGUAUGUGCAUCUGACCUUCAUGAAGGAAAAGAGAAAUGUUCUUGAUCAGGAUGAGUUCAGUUAUUUGUAUUUUUGGUCCUUUAAGACAAUUUCAGAUGUACACAGGAGUGCUGUAGAUCAGACCUUAAAAAGUCAGACUGGACAUCUGGAUCUGUUCCUCCGCUUUCUUCUGGGUCUCUCACUGGAGUUCAAUCAGAAACUUUUAUGUGCCUUAGUAACACAGACAGGAAGUGGCUCCCAGAGCAAAGAGGAAACAGUUCAGUACAUUAAAGAGAAGAUUAGUGAAGAUCUUCCUGCAGAAAAAUCCAUCAAUCUGUUCCACUGUCUGAAUGAACUGGGUGACGAUUCUCUUGUGGAGGAAAUCCAAUGCUACCUGAAAUCUGGAAAACAAAGUAAACUUUCUCCUUCACAGUGGUCUGCUCUGGCAUUUGUGUUACUGACUUCAGCACAGGAGCUGGAGGAGUUUGAUCUGAGUAAAUAUACCAGUACAGAGAAGAUACCAGAUGAGGUUCUUGUGAAGGUGAUGCCUGUGAUUGCAGCAUCCAGAAAAGCAAUUAUCAGUUGUGAGACAAUUAAAUGGGGAAGCGCUGAAGCUCUGGUCUCAGUGCUCAACUCAGAAACCUCCAGUCUGAGAAAACUGCAUCUGACUGUGAAGACACUGGAUCUGUCUUGGAAUAAACUAGAAGACUCAGGAGUGAAGCGUCUCUGUGCUGUACUGGAGAAUCCUCACUGUAAAGUGGAGACACUGAGGUUGUGGGGUUGUGGUGUCUCAGAUGAAGGCUGUGCUGCUCUGAGUUCAGCUCUGAGAUCAAACCCCUCACACCUGAGAGAACUGGAUCUGACUGAUAAUAAUCUGGGAGACUCAGGAGUGAAGCGUCUCUGUGCUGUACUGGAGAAUCCUCACUGUAAACUGGAGACACUGGGGUUGCGGGGUUGUGGUGUCUCAGAUGAAGGCUGUGCUGCUCUGAGUUCAGCUCUGAGAUCAAACCCCUCACACCUGAGACAACUGGAUCUGUCUAUUAAUAAUCUGGGAGACUCAGGAGUGAAGCGUCUCUGUGCUGGACUGGAGAAUCCUCACUGUAAACUGGAGAUACUGGGGUUGUACAAUUGUGGUGUCUCAGAUGAAGGCUGUGCUGCUCUGAGUUCAGCUCUGAGAUCAAACCCCUCACACCUGAGACACCUGGAUCUGUCUGAUAAUAAAAUCGGAGACUCAGGAGAGAAGCUGCUCUCUGCUCUUAAGGAUGAUAAACAUUAUAAAACUACAGACACUCUGUUGGUGAUGAACAUCUGUGUGUGUGAUGAAGACUCUGGUGUUCCUGCAUUUCCAUGUUGGGGAGCAGACAGCACAUUCAUAAACACGUCAGUCAUUUAGUUCUAACAAAUGAAAGAGACUCGGAGACGUGGCCAGUGUGUGUUCAUGGUGCACAGUGAAUCAGACUGCACACAAUUCUACACUGAAUGUGGAACAACUUGUGAUCUGCAUGAAACUGCCUGGACCUCAGUCCCUUAAAAACCCUGAAAGAGCAGGUGAAAAAGCACAGGGACUCGAGCUGAACCCAGUCAGUGGAAGAGGGAGCUGAAAUGGACAGGAACAGUUUCAGGACAUUGGUGGGAUUCUCACCUGACAGGAUCGGCAUUUGGGGAGUUAAUCUGAGGAAGCCCUGAGGAGACUCUCUGCAAGGCACGUUUAUCACUUUGUCCUUCAGUUGGUAUUUAAUAUACACUCACUGAGCACUUUAUUAGGAACACCUGGAUGGAUAUGCCUUGUCGACGAGAGGGUUCACCAGAGAACGGCCAGACUGGUUUGAGCUGACAGAAAGGCUACAGUAACUCAGAUAACCACUCUGUACAAUUGUGGUGAGCAGAAAAGCAUCUCAAAAUGCACAACACACUGAACACUGAGGUGGAUGACCACAUCGGGUUCCACUUCUGUCAGCCAAGAACAGAAAGCUGAGGCUGCAGUGGGCACAGGAUCACCACAACUGGACAGGUGAAGAGUGAAAAAACGUAGCCUGGUCUGAUGAACCUCGAUUUCUGCUGAGGCUCACAGAUGGUGGCGUCAGAAUUUGGCACCAACAGCAUGAAUUAGUGUUCCUAAUAAUGUGCUCUGUGACUGUAGAUUCGAUCUUUUUGUUACAGGGUCAGACCAAAGCUGUUCAUUUUUGUUCUGUUCUAAAGUUUUUUUUUUUCCUCUAGAUUUUGGAGAAUUAAAUAUAUAAAUACAGUGUGAUUAUUUUCUGUUGUAUAAAAUUAGCUUCUGUAUUUAAAUUAUUUUUUUUUUAUCAAAAAAAGCCAACAAUUAUUGAAAAUAAAUCUGUGCAUCACAUGGGUGUUAGUACUCGGACAUAAAAAUGGAUUUCCAUCAAAAUCAAAUUGUAAAAGUUUCAUUUUCAGCAUCUGUGUAAUUUCUGAUUUAUUGUAAGUGUAAAUACUUUGUCAUUG